UGUUCCGUGAACCUAAGCGUGAACCCAUCUCCAUUUUUCUGUGAAUGAGGUUAUUUUUUUGUUGACAAACGCUAAUCGCGCCAACACAAGUCUUGUUUGUAUUUUGUAUUUUAGUCUUGUCCCUAAAUUUAGGAUUUAUUUAUAAUAAAAUGGACGAAGACUAUGAAGACAGACACUGGGACACCGACAGGGGCGACGAGUCAGAUGGCGGAGAAGAACCUGAAAACCCAGAACACGUAUUGGCAGAAUGUGCAGAGAAAUUUGCUACCCCCGAUUACAUCAUGGAGCCCGGAAUAUUUACUCAGCUCAAGCGUUAUUUCCAAGCUGGUGGAGACCCUCUUCAAGUUAUCGAAGAGCUGUCUCAGAAUUAUACUGCUGUAGCACAGAUGGCAAACUUGAUUGCUGAGUGGUUAAUUAUUGGAGGCGUGAAAGUAACAGACGUGCAAGCCAUGGUAGAAAAUCACUUGAAAGAGAUGAUUUUAAAGACUUUUGAUCCGAAGAAAGCCGACACAAUAUUCACUGAAGAGGGAGAAACCCCUGCUUGGCUGACACAGUUAAUAGAGCAUCCCACAUGGAGGUCACUAAUAUAUAGGCUAGCUGAAGAAUAUCCAGACUGUUUGAUGCUCAAUUUCACCAUUAAGCUGAUAUCAGAUGCUGGAUUUCAAGGAGAAAUUACUAGUAUAUCUACAGCUGCCCAACAACUUGAAGUAUUCUCAAGAGUAUUGAAAACAUCAAUAUCAAGUUUUCUGACAAAUCCAGAGGAGUGGCAGAGUACAAGUAAAGAGUGUGCAAAAAUGGUCUGCCAUGGACAACAUACAUAUGUUUAUAGUCAAGUUAUAAUACAUAUUUUAGCUAGGGAAUCAAAAGGAGGAAGUGCGAUGAAAAGGCUUUCACAAGAAAUAACAAAAUGUGCACAAAAGAAUGGACAUGAUGUUACUCCCAUAACAAUGGCACUUAAUGGUGCUUCCGCAUAUCCCACAGCAUGCCAAGCAUUAAUGGCUAUGAUGUCAAAAAACACAUUAAACCCUGCAGAUAUUACUGUUCUAUACAGGAAUUACAAUGCUCCUGAUCCACCUCCUUUAGAUCUCAUAAGAACUCCUCAGUUUUUAGAACUACUCAUAGAUUCCCUGUUUAAGCCAGGAGUAAAACUGAAUCCUGACUACAAACCAAAGUACAUUCAUCUGUUGGCAUAUGCAGCAAGUGUUUCAGAAGUGCAACAAAAGAAAGGUCAGAAGAGGAUAUCUAACAAAGAUGAGUUACAACCAACUAUACGUGCUAUAGAAACAGUACAUAAUAUUUGUAAUGGCAACAAAGGAAGUUCAGAAUUGAUUGCUGAACUCUCUAAAAUUUAUCAGUCUUUGAAGUAUCCUGUGGUAUCGAUAGGAAUAAUCAGAUGGGUGGAAUGUACUGUAACGGAGCCAAGUUACUUUAAACUAUGUACAGAACAUACUCCUAUACAUUUAGCACUUCUUGAUGAAGUGGUGACCUUACAUCCACUGUUACAUAAUCAAGUUUUGGAUUUGCUUGUCAGAUUGUUUGAAUCUAAGCAAGAUGAGCUGGAGAUCCUGGUACAGUUAGAAAUGAGAAAAAUGGUUCUAGAUAGAAUGGUGAACCUGCUGUGUUCAGGCUGUGUUGUACCAUUGGUGAAAUAUAUUAAACAAUGUUGGCAAAAAGGAGAUACAGAUAUUUCACUGAUCAGAUACUUUGUAACUGAGGUUUUGGAAACAAUAGGACCUCCAUAUAGCUCCGAGUUUGUUCACCUGUUCAUGCCAAUGGUAGAGAAUGAUGAAAUCACAGGUACCAUGAGAGGUGAUGGUGAAAAUGAUCCUGUGUCUGAAUUUAUAGUAUACUGUAAGGCAAACUACACUGCUGUCAUCUGAGCCUAGAGUCAGAAAUUAAUGAGUAGAUAUCAAAAAUAAAAUGUUCUGAGAAUGUUUAUUAAGUUAUUAUGCAUGUAAAAACAAUAAACUGUAAAUACA